GGCGAGUGCCGGCGACUCUACCCGGAGCAACCCAACCCCUUGCAGGUCACCGCCAUCCUAAAAUACUGAUUUCCACACAGUAUAAGCAGAAAAUCCUGAGAUUUUAAAAGCAGUAAUAUAGAAGAGUGUUACCUUCUGGAGACUCACAAGAGGCAGUGUGUGAACUCCAGCAAAACUUUACAAAAGUGAGAGAGGGAGGGAGAGAGGAAUAGAAAAAUAAACUCAGUGCAACAGGUUAGGUGGACCUGAUCCUCUGGACUAUGUCAGUAUGUAUAGGAACUUGGGAAAUCCAACACAAAAUGUUCCUGAGCAUUGGCACUAUGUUAGCUUUGGAUUAAGUGACUUGUAUGGUGAUAACAGAGUGCAUGAGUUUACUGGCCCAGAUGGACCGAGUGGCUUUGGCUUUGAAUUGACAUUCAGACUUAAGCGUGAAACAGGGGAAUCUGCACCACCAACAUGGCCCGCAGAAUUGAUGCAAGGCUUAGCCAGAUAUGUCUUCCAAUCAGAAAAUACAUUUUGUAGUGGUGACCAUGUAUCGUGGCACAGUCCAUUGGACAACAGUGAAUCUAGGAUCCAGCAUAUGUUGCUGACUGAAGAUCCACAAAUGCAGCCUGUUCAAACACCAUUUGGGGUCAUUACUUUUCUUCAGAUUGUUGGGGUCUGCACAGAAGAGCUUCAUGCUGCACAGCAGUGGAAUGGACAGGGUAUAUUAGAACUGCUUCGGACAGUUCCUGUAGCAGGAGGCCCAUGGCUAAUAACGGAUAUGCGACGUGGAGAGACAAUAUUUGAAAUAGAUCCACAUCUGCAACAGGACAGAGUUGAUAAAGGAAUUGAAACAGAUGGCUCGAACCUGAGUGGUGUCAGCGCUAAAUGUGCCUGGGAUGACCUUAGCCGGCCUCCAGAAGAUGAUGAAGACAGUAGAAGUAUAUGCAUUGGCACACAUCCCCGACGAUUGUCUGGGAAAGAUACAGAACAAAUCCGAGAGACUCUGCGAAGGGGACUUGAGAUUAAUAGCAAGCCAAUUCUGCCACCAAUUAACACUCAGAGACAGAAUGGGCUGAAUAAUGACAGAGCACCGAGUCGCAAGGACAGCUUAGAAAGUGACAGCUCAGCAGCAAUUAUUCCCCAUGAGCUGAUUCGCACAAGACAGCUUGAAAGUGUUCACCUAAAAUUCAACAAGGAGUCGGGAGCAUUAAUUCCACUUUGUUUAAGGGGCAGACUAUUACAUGGACGGCACUUUACGUACAAAAGUAUUACAGGGGAUACGGCAAUCACUUUUGUAUCAACAGGAGUUGAAGGGGCAUUUGCUACAGAGGAGCAUCCCUAUGCAGCACAUGGCCCUUGGUUGCAAAUCUUGCUGACUGAAGAAUUUGUGGAAAGAAUGCUGGAAGAUUUAGAAGAUCUGAACUCUCCAGAGGAAUUCAAACUUCCAAAGGAAUAUAGCUGGCCAGAAAAGAAACUGAAAGUCUCCAUCUUGCCUGACACCGCAUUUGAGAACCCACUCCAUUAAAGCCAACUGACACCUGCAGGCAUCAAUGUACUGUAUGCCACCCAAUGACUCAUGGGGUAAUUUAGGACAGUAGAAGCUCUUCCUGCAGAUAAUGUUAUGUUUCUACAUAACCACUGCAAGCAGAGAAGGCAUUACUCAACAGCAGUCCAGCCAGAACUGAACUCUGCUAAGACACCUGGCUUUCUUCUCUUUCAUCGUGGCUGAAUUUGGAACAUCCUACAUAUGAAUGAGUGUAUAAAUGAAACAGAGACAGACAAGUGUUUGACUUUGACUAAUCCUUGUAAGAAUUUUUCUCCUAUUUUAACUGGCUCCAGAAUUCCCUGCUGCCAUAGCUCAGGAUUUAUGUGAUUUUUCUGCCUUUCUUUAAAUACCCUUUUCAGGUGUAUUUACACAGGAUCUGCUAAUCUGAUGUGUUUUCUAUAACUCAAACAUUAUUUUGAUAGCCAGUCUAUGUGAGUCCUUAUUAGUUCAGAAAGCAUAUGAUGUAUAACUUUAUCCCCUCAUGUCAGCUGAGGAAGUACUAGUGUGCUGUGAUAUCUAAGGAUUGAGUUGGCCAGGGAUUCAUGAUCCCUUUGACUGAACUGCAGCUGCAGUGGAGUGGGGGUUGGGGGAAUUAGACUUUUUGAAAAAACCAAGAUAUUUUCAAUAGACAUGAGCACUUCAUAAUCAUUUUCUUGGGGAAACUAAUACAAACUAGGGCACCAUAGGUGCCAUGGUGGGCCAAUCCUACCCCCUAGAACUGGACUGGGCCACUUACUGAGCCCUGCACGACACUCGGCUAAACCUUGUUGUUGCACCAGUUGCAGAAGCAGCUCGGCCGGCCCUUCCCCACCUCCCCAUGCUGCCAGCCACUCAUUGGAUGAGCGGGGAGAUGCCACAGCAGGUUGGCUGCGGUGGGAGGCAGGGAAGGGCUGGCCAGGCUCCUUCUGCGCUUGGCAUGAUGGAGCGAAGUGCUGUGCGGAGUCUGGUAAGUGGCCCGGCCAGUUCUGGGGAAACGAUACAAAGUGCCCAUGUCUAAUGUUCAAUAAUAUCAGUGUAAAUGCCUCUUGUUGGUUAUUAAGAAGAAACAAACAAACAAAAAGGAGCAAUUAGAUUUGCACGGUUUUUCCCUUGAACUUAUUGAAUUACACACUGUCUGAAUUCAAAACUAUAUGCUUCCCUGCUGUAGCUUUUCCAACUCUGUGUACUCCCUUUCAUUGCAUCAAAGUCAUGUGAACUAUGGGAUAGUAAGAGGAUGUCUUUAAUUACCACUGCCAGUAAGGUUUAUUUUCUUUCUUGGUACAGCUACCUUUUCUGAUUUAAAUCCUGGUAAUCCAUCAUUCUUGAUUUUUCUUAUAGAUUUCCAACAAACAUCCUUGUUUCUGAUUGCAUAAUUUAUGCAGUUAUGUUUUUCAGUUGUAGCAAAAACAACCUUAAACACAAACAUGUUUUAAUUUGACAUAAGCUUUGUGGGCUUCAGCUCACAAUCUUGUGAAGAAAUGGACUGCUAAGGUGAGCUUUGUUGUUCACAUUACAGAGAAAUAGGAAGUGUUUCAUGAGUUGAGAAAUGUCUAUUGCCAUGAGUUUAAAUCGGCUUAAGAAACAAUGCUUUCCACAUUUCUGUCGCAUAUUUUUACUUUUUAUGUACAUUUUGGGAAGGUCUUAUUCUAACAGAUAUUGUAAUGGAUAUUAUGUCAAACCAUCCCAGAAUGGUUCAGAAAACCUGUAGUUCUAUGAACACAGAAUUUAAUUUAAAGAGUUUUGGCCUUUUUUUGUAACAGGCACACUAUAUUUCUAUGAGUUUCCGUUAAAGAGUAUAACAGUAUGCUUAUUAACAAUGGGAUUAACUUCCAAGAACCCCGAAGUGGCUGUAUCUCACUCACUCACCACUACAGAAAGUGAACUUCAUCACUGCUAAAGCAGAAACCUAUACAAUACUCCCCAUAUCCUCAGGUGAUCCAUUCCAAGAGAUACCGUAGAUACCUGAAACCAUCAGGGAACCUGUUAAGAAGAGGAAGAGGAGGAGGAUAUAAGUGCACAUGUGAACUGUGAGCUGGGAUGCAGCAGUGGUGACCGCAGGUAACUGAAACCUGCUGAUACUGAAUCUGUAGAUACAUGGGUCGUACUGUGUUCUGGAAUAAAUUGAAUUCAUUUGUGAAUAGAUAUGUAUUGAUUCUCCCCAAUCCCUUAAACGGGAAGAAAGUUCUCUUCAACUAAGUUGUCAUUCUAAAUACCAUGUCCUUUUGACACACUGAUCAAGAUAAAUUUUGACAUGAGCUGAGGAGAGUCAUACUGGAGUGUGUGAGGGUGUGAGAAAUCCCCCCCACAGACCUUCUGGAUCGAAAACUUUAACUGAAAAUCAAAUCUGUAAUUUUGCUUUUAAAUGCAAUGAGCCAUUCUGUACUCCCAGUGUUCUACCUUUUUGAUCUGAAUCUACAUGCUUCAAAAGAAAACAACCAUGGAAUGAUGGAGAAGGCGACAUCUCAUGUAAAUAGUACUUGGAUGGUGGACAUGACAGUAGUCCCAAGAUAUUGUUUUUUCCUGUUUCUCACAGCUGCCAGUGGAGCCCUUAGGACUCUUACCUUUUGCAUUAAGAUACGAGAUUCCAUGGGUCCUAAUCUGUUUUGGUAUUGAAGAAUUACAAAGCAAAAACAACCUUUGGAGUCAUGUAGUUGAGAGCAUUUGGGGAGGUUAAACUGUGUUGUCAUGAGCACAGCCAACUGCUGAUAUAAGCAGAAUUUACUAACAACUAAUGCCAAAUUGACUAAGCACAGAACAUUGCAGAGCUGAAGCAAAGCAACCCAUAGGGUGCCCUCGUGGAAACAGACAAGAAUUCCUUGUUUAUCACUGCAUUCACUUGGUGUGCUAUCUUUCACACUUUACUGCCACAUACCUUGUAUUUUUUCCUUGCAAAAUUACGGAGCUAGUUCUCAAGCAGCAGCUGAGAUGGUCAGCCUAUUCCUUAACCUGGCUGCUAAUAAUUGAAUCCCACAUGACUACUCUGUACAAGGGUAGGGGAGCUUUGCAAUAGAAACCUGUUAAACCAGGAGGAAAAUUAGGAUAUAGAUCAUCUUCCCUGAUGUCUAAUUUCCUAUGUGUAACUUUUAGAGAUGGGUGUAUUCGUAUUCGAAUAUCCCCGCACAAGUGGCGAUAAUGAGGGUCCCUGGGGCCGGAUGGU